CGGCCCGGGACGCGGGCUGGCGAGGCCGGGGAGGCGGCGACGCGCGCCGCCCGAGUUUCCCCCCUUCCAGGCUGAGGAUGGUUUUACACAACAACCUGGAGCCCUUGAGUUGAAAGGUGCGCUCUGUUGAAACAAGCAUGGACACCAAAUUGCUAAAAACUUGCUUUGGGACUGCCAGUGAAUUUAUCUUUUGUGGUUUUACUACAAAUUUAGUAGUUCCCUUUUUUUUGAGUUAAUAUUUUGGAGUUAAUAUCACAAUGAGUUCGGGCUUAUGGAGCCAAGAAAAAGUUACUUCACCCUACUGGGAAGAGCGGAUUUUUUAUUUGCUUCUUCAAGAAUGCAGCGUUACAGACAAACAAACUCAAAAGCUCCUUAAAGUACCAAAGGGGAGUAUAGGACAGUACAUCCAAGAUCGUUCAGUGGGGCAUUCGAGGAUUCCUUCUACAAAAGGCAAGAAAAAUCAGAUUGGAUUAAAAAUUCUAGAGCAACCACAUGCAGUUCUCUUUGUUGAUGAAAAGGAUGUUGUAGAAAUAAAUGAAAAAUUCACAGAGUUACUUUUGGCAAUUACCAAUUGUGAAGAGAGGUUCAGCCUGUUUAAAAACAGAAACAGACUAAGUAAAGGCCUCCAAAUAGAUGUGGGCUGCCCUGUGAAAGUACAACUGAGAUCUGGGGAAGAAAAAUUUCCUGGAGUUGUGCGCUUCAGAGGACCCUUAUUAGCAGAGAGGACAAUAUCGGGAAUAUUCUUUGGAGUAGAACUACUGGAAGAAGGUCGUGGCCAAGGUUUCACUGAUGGGAUAUAUCAAGGGAAACAGCUAUUUCAGUGUGAUGAAGAUUGUGGGGUAUUUGUUGCCUUGGACAAGCUAGAAAUCAUAGAAGAUGACGACAAUGGAUUGGAAAGUGAUUAUGCAGGUCCAGUGGACACAAUGCAGGUUGAACUUCCCCCUCUGGAAAUAAACUCCAGAGUUUCUUUGAAGCUUGGAGAAACUAUAGAAUCUGGAACAGUCAUAUUUUGUGAUCUUUUGCCGGGAAAAGAAAGCUUAGGCUAUUUUGUUGGUGUGGACAUGGAUAAUCCUAUUGGCAACUGGGAUGGAAGAUUUGAUGGAGUACAGCUUUGUAGUUUUGCAAGUGUUGAAAGUACAAUUCUUUUACAUAUCAAUGAUAUCAUCCCAGAUAGCGCAACACAGGAAAGGAGGCCUCCCAAACUUGCCUUUAUGUCAAGAGGUGUUGGGGACAAGGGUUCAUCCAGUCAUAAUAAACCAAAGGCUACAGGAUCUACCUCAGACCCUGGAAAUAGAAACAGAUCUGAAUUAUUUUAUACCUUAAAUGGGUCUUCUGUUGACUCACAACCACAAUCCAAAUCAAAAAAUACGUGGUACAUUGAUGAAGUUGCUGAAGACCCUGCAAAAUCGCUUACAGAGAUCUCUCCAGACUUUGGACAUGCAUCACCACCACUGCAGCCUCCUUCCAUGAACUCAUUAUCCAGCGAGAACAGAUUUCACUCUUUACCAUUCAGUCUGACAAAGAUGCCCAACACCAAUGGAAGUAUCGGCCACAGUCCCCUUUCUCUGUCAGUUCAGUCUGUGAUGGGAGAGCUAAACAGUGCACCUGUGCAGGAGAGCCCACCCCUGGCCCUGUCGUCUGGUAACUCACAUGGUCUGGAAGUGGGCUCACUAGCCGAAGUCAAAGAGAAUCCUCCUUUCUAUGGGGUCAUCCGUUGGAUUGGUCAGCCACCGGGACUCAGUGAAGUACUAGCUGGACUGGAACUGGAAGACGAGUGUGCGGGCUGUACAGACGGGACCUUUAGGGGCACCCGCUAUUUCACCUGUGCCCUGAAGAAGGCGCUGUUCGUCAAACUGAAGAGCUGCAGGCCCGACUCGAGGUUUGCGUCCCUGCAGCCGGUUUCCAACCAGAUUGAGCGCUGUAACUCUCUAGCAUUUGGAGGCUACUUAAGUGAAGUAGUAGAAGAAAAUACUCCACCAAAAAUGGAAAAAGAAGGUUUAGAGAUAAUGAUUGGAAAGAAGAAAGGUAUCCAGGGCCAUUACAAUUCUUGUUACUUAGACUCGACCUUAUUCUGCUUGUUUGCUUUUAGUUCUGUUCUGGACACUGUGUUACUUAGACCCAAAGAAAAGAAUGAUGUAGAAUAUUAUAGUGAAACUCAAGAGCUGCUGAGGACAGAAAUCGUAAAUCCUCUGAGAAUAUAUGGAUAUGUGUGUGCAACAAAGAUUAUGAAAUUGAGGAAAAUACUUGAAAAAGUUGAGGCUGCAUCAGGAUUUACCUCUGAAGAAAAAGAUCCUGAAGAAUUCUUGAAUAUCCUGUUUCAUCAUAUUUUAAGGGUAGAACCGUUGUUAAAAAUAAGAUCAGCAGGUCAAAAAGUGCAAGAUUGUUACUUCUAUCAAAUUUUUAUGGAAAAAAAUGAGAAAGUUGGGGUUCCUACAAUUCAGCAGUUGUUAGAAUGGUCUUUUAUCAACAGUAACCUGAAAUUUGCAGAGGCACCAUCUUGUCUGAUUAUUCAGAUGCCUCGAUUUGGAAAAGACUUUAAACUAUUUAAAAAAAUUUUUCCUUCUCUGGAAUUAAAUAUAACAGAUUUACUUGAAGACACCCCCAGGCAGUGCCGAAUCUGUGGAGGCCUUGCCAUGUAUGAGUGCAGAGAGUGCUAUGAGGACCCCGACAUCUCUGCAGGGAAGAUCAAGCAGUUCUGUAAGACCUGCAACACCCAAGUCCACCUUCAUCCCAAGAGACUGAAUCACAAAUAUAACCCAGUGUCACUUCCCAAAGAUCUCCCUGACUGGGACUGGCGACACGGCUGCAUUCCCUGCCAGAAGAUGGAAUUAUUUGCUGUUCUCUGCAUCGAAACAAGCCACUAUGUUGCCUUUGUGAAGUACGGGAAAGACGACUCUGCCUGGCUCUUCUUUGACAGCAUGGCUGAUCGAGAUGGUGGUCAGAACGGCUUCAACAUUCCUCAAGUUACCCCGUGCCCAGAAGUAGGAGAGUACUUGAAAAUGUCUCUCGAAGACCUGCAUUCCUUGGACUCCAGAAGAAUCCAAGGCUGUGCGCGAAGACUUCUCUGUGACGCGUACAUGUGCAUGUACCAGAGUCCAACAAUGAGUUUGUACAAAUGAGUGGGGUCAUCUGGACGGGCGCAGAAACCCAGCGCAAAAUUCUAACGUUGCGUUUUCCCCGAGCUGGCAGUCUUGUUCCCCGUCCAUUGCCGGCAAUGGAUGUCUCUGUGGGGUGAUCCUUCAGAAAAGGAUUCCUGUGUUUAAAAACAAAUUGCUUUUGUGUUACUGGAGUAUUUAAUAAGAAGCAUUUUGCACUCUAGAAAGUAUGUUUGUGUUUGUUUUUUAAGAAGUCUAAAUGAAGUUAUUAAUACCUGAAGCUUUAAGUUAAAUGCAUUAUGAUAUGAUAUUUUUGGAAGCAUAAAAUUUUAAUUGUGACAGUUUAAAACCUCUUUUGGUCCAUUGAGAAUGUAAAUAAAUGCGUCUUCUUUAUG